AGAAGAAGAACAAAAAAAGAAAACAGCCUCAGAAAUUUUUAGUUACACAUCAUCUGCUGUCUUUGACUUUACUUUCGCUAUAAUUUAGAAAAAUGUAACUGGAAGCAGAGGCAGAUGUGCUGUCUGGAAACCUGUACGGAGCAGCAGCCAGUCAGAAUAAGCGCUGUUACUGUUUUUAUACACGAUUCUGGUCUGUGAAUGUGGCAGCUAAGCUAGCUCUGAGGCUGGAUCGCCUCUUAACUAGCUCGUCAACGUUUGAGCUGAGAUAAUCAUCCGGUGUUUACCGUCCACAAUAACACGUCACACGUCUCCCUCUCAGCCUUCUCCCUGUCAUAAUCAGCAGCACAGAAAUGGGAAUUCUGGGCAGCAGGUUUCAGCUGUCCUCUCAGGGACCAGAAGAGGCCACAGAGGGCACAAGUACCAACCGCAAACAUAACUGCGAGUGUAAGAAGAGGAAACGAAAUGCUCAGUGUGACUGUGACAGUGAGCAAGAGGAGGAUGAUGGCAUACUCGAUACACCUCGCAGGCAAAAAUUAAAAAGCACAUCAAAGUACAUUUAUCAGACCUUGUUUCUGAAUGGGGAAAACAGUGACAUUCGUAUCUGCGCUCUAGGACAGGAGUGGAACCUCCACAAAGUGUACCUCUGCCAGUCGGGGUAUUUCUCCAGCAUGUUCAGCGGAUCCUGGAAGGAGUCCAGCAUGAUGGAAAUCAACCUGGAGAUCCCAGAUCAGAACAUUGAUACUGAAGCUCUACAAGUCGUGUUUGGGUCCCUGUACCGUGAUGAUGUUCUGAUCAAACCCAGCAGAGUCGUCAGUAUUCUUGCUGCUGCUUGUAUGCUACAGCUGGAUGAUUUGAUCCAGCAGUGUGGCGAAACCAUGAAGGAAAACAUCAGUGCAAAGACUGUGUGUGGCUACUAUGCUUGUGCUAGCAUCUAUGGCCUGGAUUCAGUCAUUAAAAAAUGUCUUGAGUGGCUUCUAAACAACCUGAUGACCCACCAAAAUGUCGACCUGAUGAAAGAACUUGGGGUGGAGGUCAUGGAGCAACUCAUCCAGUCCUCUGACUUGUUUGUCAUGCAGGUGGAGAUGGACGUUUACACUGCUCUGAAAAAGUGGAUGUUUCUGCAGCUCAAUCCGCUGUGGGACGGCCCCAUCAAGCAGCUUCUGGCUGAUGCCGACGCCUGGCUUUGCAAGCGCAGGACAGACCUUUGUGAGAAGGAACCCUUCUUGAACACAGAUGAGGGCGUUCCUUUUCGGUCAGUGUUCAACUUUGUGCGCCUGCAGUACAUCAUCAAUGACCUCGCGUCUGCACGCAUCUUGGAGAGGGACAACAUUUUGCCUCCUGACUGGUUGACGUCCGUGUAUAAGAACCAGUGGUUCGCCAUGCUCCGGACAGAGUUUGAGAAUGAUAACGGUCCUCAGGAGCCCAACAAAGACGAGUUUGAGCAGAGCAGCAUGAGGUGUGGCAGGAAGCUCAUUAAAGAUGGAGAUUACUGCUGGAGGUGGACGGGCUUUAACUUUGGUUUCGACCUGCUGGUGACCUACACAAAUCGCUUCAUCGUCUUCAAGAGGAAUACUCUGAGUCAGCCAUGUGGGGGCGCUGUCAGUCUACAAGCACGAAGACACUUGGCAUACAGGUUACGUCUUGCCUCCUUUGACAGUCGUGGAAAGCUGGUCUGCAGUCGCUCAACAGGUUACCAGCUGCUCACUCUAGAGAAAGACCAGGAGUAUGUGGUGAUGAAUCUGGACAGCCGGUUGUUAUCAUUCCCCCUCUACGUGUGCUGUAACUUCCUGUAUACAUCGCCUCAGUCAGAUCACCGUCCAGACUCCUCAGAAAAAGACAGGUCUGCUCGCAGUGUGUCUUGAUGCCUGCUCACCAGCCAUUAGCUGCGGCCAUUCUUCUGUUACCGCAGAGACACUUGACACAAGCUUGUAUGUACAAUCUAUGGCCUCAUUUAACACAUUUUGACACUGGACAUACCGUCUGCAUGCUCUCUAAACUCAGCGAGAUGUUCUUGGGGAAAAAACGUUUUGUAUAUAUGUCUACAUGGGGUUUACAGUAUAAUGAAGCCCUAUACUAGUGGUCAAGAGGGAUCGGACCACCUUUUGCUCUCAGAGAAGCUUCUCUCCACCUUGUACCUCUGCUGUUAACCAUCUGCACUGGGAUGCUGGACCAUUCUUAAAGAUGGGAAACCUCCAGGUGUUUGGAGAAGCUCAUAGUCUGCUCUUGACUUAUCACUUAUGAACUUGUGGUCAUUAAGCAGACUUUGUAGGGCUUGACUUUACACUUUGUUUUUUCACUGUGUACAGGACAUCGUCAUCUGGGAACACAAACAAACACAGUGAAACUGAGUAGUUCCAUCACAUUUCAGAGCUUCUGACAAUUUCCUAAGAGGAAACACACAUUUGUUCUUAGAAGGAGAAAUUGUGUAUUAAGUAAGGACAAGAGUAAACUCACCUUUGCGUUGCUGCUGCAUAAGAAACCACACACCUGCUCAGUGCAAUGAUGGCUGCUGGUCAUAACAGUAGACAAAUAGAUGAAGCGACAAGUGCAGAGGCACAAAAAAAGCAGGAUUUUAUCACCCUGUAGCUUCCAUGGGUCACUCUGAGUUGGUCAUUUCCACCACCUUGUAUAAAAUUCAUAAUCCACGAUGUUCACCAGCAUCACAAGUUUAAGACUCAGUAAUCCUCCCCAGUUAAAGCUGAGGUUGCAGUAAAUACUUGUGCUAUUUGGUGCUCUCAGCAUAAUCUUAUUUUUGAGACUCACAAAAUAAAAAAAAUUCCAGAUUUCCUUUCUGCAGUAUUUAUCAGCUACACUCCCCACUGUGUGUUUUACUGGUAUUAAGGCAGUCACCUGCUCACUCUUCUUUUACAGUGCAGCUGCUUCUUGUUUGGCACUCUACCAUCUAUACUAGAAGUACCAUUUAAGUUCUGUUUUUGAAUACUUAUCAUAUUAAUUUGGGAAAUAUUUGUUUGGCGGUUUUCUAAAUCUGUUGUUACCUCAUGUGGUUUUGAUAUCUAAUGGAGGUGAAAGCUUUUAUUUGGCCAUUAUUUAUUAUUUUGUACUUCAUUUUUAUUCGUAUCGAUGUACUUUUGCAAACAAUUUCUCCACUGCCAAUAAAAUUGCCCUCUGACAUGGGCUGUGGUGCUAUCACGAAAUCUCUGUAUCUAGUGAAGGUCUUUAUUGCAGCUGCAAGGUUAUGUUUUAACUACAGUUGAUAGAUAGGCAUGUUAUCAGUUUCAUAUGGCCAAUUCAAUAACGUAAGAAACUUGAAGCCUGAUCAGUUGCUGUUUGUUUCACUCUUUAGUCAAAAGGUUCAAAGGUCACUGUGCUGUUGGCAUAUCUUUUGUUUUAGUUGGCUCAUCUCCAGAGUCUGUUCUGGUCUCUGCAGUAAUAAAUGAAUUUAAAGCUCAGAAGUUUAACGGCUAAUAAGAGCCUGGCUCACCAAAGAGAUUUUUAUCUAAUCUGGGUUCUCUUUUAUCUCUCUGUUGUCAGCGUGCCUAAUCUAGUGCUGAACACAGUCAUUGUAAUGGGGAAAAAAGUGAAAUUCUCAGAGGCAGGCCACAUAAGGAGAAAUUACCCCCAACUUCUGCUAACUAAUGGUCGGUUCUCAGCCCUGUAGAAAUAUGGGCUGGUUCUCAUAAGGUACCGAGGUAGAGCCAGCACCACAUCCGUGAAAGAAAGAGUUUAGAGAACACUCGUUUCCCAGCUGUACAUUUAUAUGACGUAAGGACCAAAAGUAAGAGUCUUGUAAGUUGUGAGGUCACAAACACACAGUUACUCAUCGUCUCCUACCUGCUGACUACUUCUCGGGUUUGACUCGCUGUGCAUUUUCCGGUCAUUUGUACAAAAAUGAGUUCAUUUCCAUUCUACCAGAUAGGCUGCAUAAUUAGGGUGCAUAACGUGUGCAAUUUAAACAUUUUCUAAAUAAACAUAUUAGAUUUCAAGUAGUAAAAUUAUCUGUGUGGUUUACAUCAGGUCUGCAGUGUGUUUAUUGCUCCUUUUAUAUCAUUUACUCAGGCUGAAAAGCUGACAGUGUUGCCUUUGUUGUACCACCAUGUGUGUAUAUAAGAGUAUACUCCACUGUUGUCAUUAAAAUAUAUGCAAAAGUGUUAUUUGCUAUCACU